GCGCCUGCAGCUCCUUCUCGUUAUAGCGCAUGGCGCCGCUGGGACCCAGAACGCGGAGCGCUGGGCCGCGCCCUCCGAGCCGCCGUCCCCGCUCGCGCCGGUGCCGGCGCCAAAAGAGUCCCACGGCGCCGUCCCGGAAGCGCGGCCGGAGCUACCACGCCUGCGCGCUCCCGGGCCGCUCAGCCUGUCCUACACCGGCGAGUGGAAGAAGCGUCCCAGGGGCUGCCGGGGCCGAGUAGAGCCCUCGUGGGGCGCACGGGGCAGUAGGCAAGAUGGACGGUUGUCAUGUAACCAGGCAACAAGGUGGACCUGGGGUGGAAACAAUAAAGCACCCCCACGACCGAUAGCGCCCCGUACUCAGGGGAACAGGCGGACGGGAGUGGGAAACGAGAAGCAACUCGCUUUCCCGCGAGAACUGGCUCCGCGCGAGUUUGCCCGACCGAAAGGACAUUGAGAGCCGGUGCGCACGCGCGCUUCAGCUUCCGGCCUGCACUCCCUGCUGCCCGCUUUACUCCAGCCUCCGAAGCGUCUAGCCCGCGCCGCUGGGCGGGCCGGGCAUGCGCACACGGAAGACCCCGCCCCGCCUGCCCUCGGAAGCGCUUCCUUAGCCCGCGGCGCGCAUGUGCAGAACGGAGUCGGCGCGGCGGCAGAGGUGGCUGCUGAACAGGCGACGGCAGUGCGGCCGCGGGCGGAUUCUUAACCACUGCGCCACGAGGGAAGCCCCAGCCGGUGGGUUUUGAUGGACCUGCCUCCUUUUCACCCUGGCCUCAUCUCAGUCUCUGAUAGGUACUGGCGUUCACUGUAACGUGGUUUCCCCUCUGGUCUAGUAGAGCCUCAGGGUCCUCACCAUGGACUUCCAGCAUCGCCCUGGAGGCAAGACCGGGAGCGGGGGCGUGGCCUCCUCCUCUGAGAGCAACCGGGACCGCAGGGAACGCCUCCGGCAGCUGGCCCUGGAGACGAUCGACAUCAACAAGGACCCGUACUUCAUGAAGAACCAUCUGGGCUCCUACGAGUGCAAGCUGUGCCUGACGCUGCACAACAAUGAGGGGAGUUACCUCGCGCACACCCAAGGGAAAAAGCAUCAGACUAACUUGGCCCGGCGAGCAGCCAAGGAGGCCAAGGAGGCCCCCGCCCAGCCGGCGCCAGAGAAGGUCAAGGUGGAGGUGAAGAAGUUCGUGAAGAUCGGCCGCCCGGGCUACAAAGUGACCAAGCAGAGGGACACGGAGAUGGGUCAGCAGAGCCUCCUCUUCCAGAUCGACUACCCCGAGAUCGCCGAGGGCAUCAUGCCCCGCCACCGCUUCAUGUCCGCCUACGAGCAGAGGAUCGAGCCUCCGGACCGGCGCUGGCAGUACCUGCUCAUGGCCGCCGAGCCCUACGAGACCAUCGCCUUCAAGGUGCCAAGCAGGGAGAUUGACAAGGCUGAAGGCAAGUUUUGGACUCACUGGAACCGGGAAACUAAGCAGUUUUUUCUCCAGUUCCACUUUAAGAUGGAGAAGCCACCGGCCCCACCGAGCCUCCCCGCCGGGCCUCCUGGGGUGAAGCGACCCCCACCCCCGCUGAUGAAUGGUUUGCCCCCUCGGCCGCCACUGCCCGAGUCGUUGCCCCCGCCCCCGCCAGGAGGCCUGCCCCUGCCCCCCAUGCCGCCCAGUGGGCCUGCGCCCUCAGGACCCCCAGGCCCUCCUCAGCUGCCCCCACCGGCUCCCGGUGUCCACCCCCCAGCACCAGUGGUCCACCCCCCAGCGUCUGGAGUGCACCCCCCAGCUCCUGGGGUCCACCCCCCGGCACCAGUGGUCCACCCACCAGCAUCUGGGGUCCACCCCCCUGCUCCAGGGGUCCAUCCCCCAGCCCCGGGGGUCCACCCUCCAGCGCCAGGGGUCCACCCUCCAGCCCCUGGUGUCCAUCCUCCCCCAUCUGCUGGGGUUCACCCCCAGGCCCCAGGGGUGCACCCACCAGCUCCUGCAGUUCACCCCCAGGCCCCGGGGGUGCACCCACCAGCUCCUGCAGUUCACCCCCAGGCCCCAGGGGUCCAUCCACCAGCUCCCGGGGUCCACCCACCAGCCCCCGGGAUCCACCCCCAGCCUCCUGGGGUCCACCCCCCACCUCCUGGGGUCCAUCCUCCAGCUCCUGGGGUCCAUCCCCAGCCUCCUGGAGUUCACCCCUCAAAUCCCGGGGUGCACCCCCCGACUCCCAUGCCCCCGAUGCUGAGACCCCCGCUGCCCUCCGAAGGCCCUGGGAACAUUCCUCCCCCUCCCCCUACCAACUGAAAAGCCACCCCUGUCCCAGCAAGCCUGGCCUUAUUUUCCUGUGUUACCCCCCCCCAGAGUGAAGUUGAGUUUUUUGUACAGGGCUGGGCCGUGUUUCCAGAGCCCAUUAAAGAGUCUCUGCUAA